AUGGUUCCAGAGCCCGGCCCUGUCAACAGUAGCACCCCGGCCUGGAGCCCCGGGCCACCGCCUGCCCCAGGGGGCAGCGGCUGGGUGGCCGCCGCGCUCUGCGUGGUCAUCGUGCUGACGGCGGCCGCCAAUUCGCUGCUUAUCGCGCUCAUCUGCACGCAGCCCGCGCUGCGCAACACGUCUAACUUCUUCCUGGUGUCGCUCUUCACGUCGGACCUGAUGGUGGGGCUGGUGGUGAUGCCCCCGGCCAUGCUGAACGCGCUGUACGGGCGCUGGGUGCUCGCGCGCGGCCUCUGCCUGCUCUGGACCGCCUUCGACGUCAUGUGCUGCAGCGCUUCUAUCCUCAACCUCUGCCUCAUCAGCCUGGACCGCUACCUGCUCAUCCUCUCGCCGCUGCGCUACAAGCUGCGCAUGACGGCCCCCCGGGCCCUGGCGCUCAUCCUGGGGGCCUGGAGCCUCGCGGCGCUUGCCUCCUUCCUGCCCCUCUUGCUGGGCUGGCACGAACUGGGCGACGCUCGGACACCUGCCCCCGGCCAGUGCCGCCUAUUGGCCAGCCUGCCUUUUGUCCUGGUGGCGUCCGGUGUCACCUUCUUCCUGCCUUCGGGAGCCAUCUGCUUCACCUACUGCAGGAUCCUGCUGGCUGCCCGCAAGCAGGCGGUGCAGGUGGCCUCGCUCACCACGGGCAUGGGUGGCCAGGCCUCGGAAACCUUGCAGGUGCCCAGGACCCCACGCCCAGGGAUGGAGUCCGCUGACAGUAGGCGUCUGGCCACCAAGCAUAGCAGGAAGGCCUUGAAGGCCAGCCUGACCCUGGGUGUCCUGCUGGGCAUGUUCUUUAUCACCUGGUUGCCCUUCUUUGUGGCCAACAUAGCUCAGGCCGUGUGUGACUGCAUCUCCCCAGGCCUCUUCGAUGUCCUCACGUGGCUGGGGUACUGCAACAGCACCAUGAACCCUAUCAUCUACCCUCUCUUCAUGCGGGACUUCAAGAGGGCCCUGGGCAGGCUCCUGCCCUGCAUCCACUGUCCCCCGGAGCACCGGGCCAGCCCUGCCUCCCCCUCCAUGUGGACCUCUCACAGUGGUGCGAGACCAGGCCUUAGCCUGCAGCAGGUGCUGCCUCUGCCUCUGCCACCGAACUCCGAUUCAGACUCAGCUUCAGGGGUCACCUCGGGCCUGCAGCUCACAGCCCAGCUUCUGCUGCCUGGAGAGGCAACCCGGGACCCUCCGCCACCCACCAGGGCCACGACUGUGGUCAACUUCUUCGUCAAGGACUCUGUGGAGCCUGAGAUAAAGCAGCUCCCGCUCAGUCCCCCCAGGAACUGACCAGUCAAGAGCUGGCCGGAGGAGAGCCACAGCCAGGGGGCCUCAGCCCACUCUCCCUAACACUGGGAUAUGGUAGGUCUUCCGUGAGUCUGCUGAGCUCCAUGAGGUAUCCUCAGCUAGCCCCCACCUCUUGCUGCAGGCCCCUUGACAUGAGGGGUGAUCAGAAACAUCUCUGUAGGGUGCUCCAGUGCAGUGUCGUUAGUGGUUUGUGUAGUGUGGCUGGGGCCGCUUGGUUCAGGUCAGUAGGAAAGCAAUCUAUCCUCGGCCCUUUCUCUCAUGGUGUGUGGGAGGAAUGUGUCCACCUAGACACCCAGUUCCUGACUGGGCCCAAUCCCCUGCUAUCCGAAGUGCCAUCUUUGGGCUAUUGGGGUUCUCAUAGGCCCUGGGGAGUUUGUUCAAAGUACCCACCCCUCUGCAGAUGUGCUCAAUCAAAACUGUCUGUUCGUGAGCUUCCUCACACCUGCAUUUGCCGGACCUUCAGUCCCCCCAGGGGCAACACUAAUGAGCGCCUUAGGCUGGCAGCUGGGCAGCCAGAAACACGACCCUUUCCUCAACUGUAUGCUGAAGUUCUGGGGCGUGGCACAGGUCUCAAGGGAGAGCAAUGACGCCAACUUGUAAGACAAUGUGAAUGGUCAGUAGGUGGCAAAUUCGGUUGCCAGGUCAGGACCUGGUCAGCCGGGUCCUGGCUCUGGUAGAAGGCCAAGUGUUCUUCACUCCCGGCCUCUAUUCUUCCCUCUCUUCCCUCUCUUUCUCUCUCCCUCUUUUUUCUUAUCUCUCCUUUCUUGCUUUUAUUUCUCACUUGUUCUAGGGUCUCGUGUAAUUCAUGUUCCCUCAAGCUUCCUAUGUGACCGAGGAUGACCCUGAACUUCUAAUCCUCUUGCCUCUACCUCCCAAGUACUGGGAUCACAGGCAUGCGCCAUGCACCACACCGCAGGUUUAUGUGGUGCCAGGGGUGGAACUCAGGGCUUCCUGCAAUCUAGGAAACCACUCUAUCAACCGUGUCCCCAGGGCUCCUUGUUUUCUGUUAGGGCAGCCUUGCGCUAGGCAAGUGCUCUUCACUGAGUCACAUCUCAGCCCCACUGUCUUCCUCCAGCCUAGACUCCCAUACCCUAAUUCGUUCUCCCAGCAUUCUUGUUUUGCUGGGUGGGGACCCUACCACUCAGGGACUUAUUCCAGUCCCAUCCUGCUGUUUUGCCUCUAGAGGCCCAGGAGCUGGUGACUGAUCUUGUGCAACCUCAAGGGUGGGCUUCGCCCACCCCGGGCUUCCCUGAGAGGAAGCAGCUGAUGGAGGCAGAAUAGCCCUUCAUCCUGCCUCUUUUGGUUCUCCUUAGGGUCACUGAAAAAAAGGACAGCUGCUUGGGGGGGAGGGGCAGACACAGCUGAAGUGGGAUGUCCCUGGCUUGGGGGUGAAGCCACAGGCAUGCAUGUGGGCUCUGGCACAGGGCGUGCAUUCAUGGGUAAGGGCAGGGGACUCUCCAUGCUUCUCUGCACCGAGUUUCUCUUCAGCAGAGCUAGGCCCCAGUGUUCAUCAACCCAGGCUCCCAGGCUCUCCCAGUGUGACCAGGAGCUCUCCUUGGUGCUGAUCAUAUUCAACUGGGCCCUGGCAGCAGGGCUUUGGUGCUUCCAAGGCUUUCUCCUUCGCCUCUAGGCCUGCCUGAGGGACUCAAUAAAAACCAGCUGAAGGAA